AUGGUGUUAUUACACAAUAUCUUAGCACUGUCAUAUAGAGCAAAGGGUGCUCAGGGUGCCGUCUGUGUGGAGUUAGGCGUAAGGUUCCCUCGAGGUGGCGGUCUGUUCACCCAAGUUUACGCCACGUUAGGGGAGCUUCCGGCGGUCCUCGUGGCCAGCUCCCUUCUCCUCGAUCUCACUCUCGUCCCGGCCAUUGCGGCCCGAAGCAGCAGCGAAUACCUGGACGCGGCUACCAACCACACCUUAUCUCGCCUCCUGACCUUCCCGCUGCCCGAGUACCGAUACCUGGCGCCGCACUGUGACCUUUUCGCGGCGACGUUACUGGUCCUCUCGACGCUCAUGAUCGUUGCGGGAACUAAGGUCGUCUGCCAAGUCGCUGCUGCAGGAGUGGGCGUGUCUGUCCUGGUCCUCACAGCCGUCUCGUGCACCGCCCUCCUCGCCGCUGACACACGCAACUGGACUCACCCGCCGGGGUUUUUCCCAGCCGGGUUGCAUGGGGUGGUGAGCGGGGGCGCAGUGCUGAGCAUGGGCGUGGCGGGCGCCCACCAGGCGGGCCUCCUGGCCGGCGAGUGCGCCCACUACCGCGGCGUGGCGACCCGCGUGGGCGUGGGCGUGGGCCUGGUGGCUCUCCUGACCCUCUUCCCGGCCGCCGUGGGCGCCACCCUCGCCGCGCCGACGCUCACCUUCUCGGCGUCCCUCGCCCACCUGUUCCCGGGCGCGCCCCUGAGCGGCAUGCGCGCGCUGGUGGCCGUGGGCGGCGUGACCGGGCUGUGGGCGGCGUGCCUGGGCGGCGUGCUAGCGGGGUCGCGGGCGGCGCACCGCCUGGCGUGCGACGGGCUGGCGCCGCGCUGCCUCGGCCGCGUGUCGCGCCGCACCGCCACGCCAUGGGCGGCAGCGCUGGCCUGCGGCGCCGCCUCCGCCCUCACCGCCGCGCUCUGCUCGUCGCGCAUCCUGCUGCGGGCGGCGGGCGCGGGCGGCCUGACGGCGGGCGUGGCGGGCGCGUCGGCGGUGGUGGCGCGGCGCUUCCGGCCGGAGGCGGUGCACCCGCUGGAGGCCCCCCCCCGCCCGUCGCCCGCCCACCGCGCCUCCCCCGCGCCCUCGCACAGCGCCAGCCACUCCGAGCUCACCGACCUGACCGCCGCCGCCGCCCACCGCGGCUACCAGGCCUGCGACGACAGCGAGCCGCGCCAGCUGGCCGUGGAGUGGGCGGGCGGCACGUGGGUGUCGUCCGUCGUGGAGCCGCCCAUCCCGCCCACGUGGGGGUCGUGGCGCACCUCGCGCUUCCUGCUGGCCACCUUCAUCACGAACUGCGUGGCGGGCGUGGGCGUGGUUCGGGCGGCGGGGGAGCUCGGCAUCGGCCUGUGGGCGUGGGCGGGCGUCGCGCUGUGCGUGUGCGGGUGUGUCGUGUGCGGCGUCGGCCUGUGGCUGCAGCCGCGCCACCCGCCGCCCACGCCCGCGUUCCAGGAGGGCGUGCCGCUGCUGCCGCUCCUCGCCGUCCUCGCCAACAUCACGCUGCUGCUCCACUUGCCGCCCGCGGCGCUCACCGCCGCCUGCGGUGUCUGGGCUGCGACGGGCGCGGUGUGGCUGGUGCAGGGGCGCAGCGGCAGCAUCGAGGCGGCGCUGAGCAGAGCCCUGCUGACCCACAGCGGCCAGGACUCGCCGCCCGACCUGCUGUAG